AUGGAUGGUCGCUGCAAACAAAUUAGCGAUGUCUACAUUAUCAAUUCAUCACAAAUUACACUUAGUAAAGACAAAGUUGGGACCGGAAACUUUGCUGAUGUAUAUAAAGGGACAUACCACAAAGGCAAGGAGGAAAUAUUGGUGGCUGUGAAAAUUGUUCGAAUUGGUGGCGGCAAUGUGGAUACCGAAUUAUGUUGCUUAUCAGAAAUGAAAAACGAAGCAAUAAUCAUGUCGUUGCAUCAUCAUCGAUGUAUCAUUGAAUUCUUCGGCAUUUCAUCAGAUAAGAUUCCAAUGAUUUUGAUGGAGUAUUGUGCAGGUGGCUCACUAGAUUUACAUCUUCAAAAAUUCAAAGACCGAAUUUUAACUGCAGAAAGAGUUACAUACAUGUAUCAAAUCUCAGAUGGUAUGCGUUAUUUGGAAAGGAAGAGAUGUGUUCAUCGAGAUUUAGCAACACGAAAUGUACUUAUCUCUAAUACUGGAUGCUUGAAAAUCAGCGACUUCGGUUUAAGCUUUAGUCCCGCUAUUCCAGAGAUAUUGACUAAUGCACAUAUUCCAAUACGUUGGAUGGCUCCAGAAACACUAACUCGUACACCGAUUUAUUCAUCAAAAUCGGAUAUUUGGUCAUUUGGUAUUGUAAUGUUUGAAAUAUUUAGUUGUGGCGGGAAACCAUGGCCAGAAAAACCGGUAAAAUGGAUUGCAACGAAAAUUCGGAAAGGUGUGACACCUGAAAUGCCAAGACGAAUGCCGCGUCUUAUUAAAGAAAUAGCUAAUGCUUGCUUUCAAUUCGAACCAGACAAAAGGCCUACCUUCAAACAGGUGAACGGUUGGAUUCUUUUGGUACAAGGAAUACGUUUCCCACCAUUACCGCCUUCCACAUUAUCAGUGGCGCAAUUGAAAAAUGUUAAACCAGUAAAAUUCAUUGAAAAAGAUCCGGAAGCAAUUGUGAUUGAAUUAGACGAUGUAAAAAGUGUUGGACAACAGCCUGAUAAUGAUAACAGCGAGCCAAGACUGAAAAAAUCACCCGAAGCACAACAGACUGUUUCUAUGGUGAAUAAAAGUACAUUAAGAGAGGAUCAAGAUAACAUCGCACCGUCAAAUAAUAAAUUUAAAGGAAAUUUAUUUCCAGCAGAAUUGGAUAAGUUAGCAACCAUGGAAUCAGAUCACAGUAAUGAACGUUCUAGAGAUGAUAAAAGGGAUUAG